CUGGAGCUCCAGGCAGAAGCGGGAGAGAAGCCCCGAUGGAGCCCCCAGCAGGGGCCACAAAAAUCAUGGACACAGGCCAGAGAACAGCAAGGCACCCCCUGCCCCAGGUCAAGAGAGAACAAAGCACAGGCCUGACCACAGGCACCGGGCUCCACAGCAGCACACAAGAGGUGGUGCCCAGCCUGCCAAGCAGCCCCGGACCAGGAGGUGUCGACCUAGAUCUUCAGAGAGCAGCUGCAGCAGCCAGGAGACACUGGGACCCAGCCCAGCCUGCCCCAAGAGGCCCUGCCCCAAUCCUGCCCCUGAAGCUGGAGCAGCCCCCUGGGAGCUCCUCACAUCCAGACUCUUCACCCAAGUGGGGGCGAUGCAGGCCCUCAUGGAGGAGCUGCAGGCCCCAGGGGGCGCCUUCCUGCCUUCCCCUGAGCCCCUGGCCCCCAACACUCAGCCAAGCGUCCCCCAGCGCGCCUGGCUCUCCUGGCAGCUGGCACAGACUGGUGCCACCCUGUACAGGGCACUCCUCCUUCUGGACACACUGCUGGCCAGCAGCCCUGCUCCUCCAGCCAGCAGCCCCCCAGGCCUGGGGGCCCCUGCUCAGAGCUGGCCCUCAGGACCCAGUGACUCCACCCUUCUUGGGACUGGUCGAGCCUCACCUGGAGACCACCCACUGACUUCUCCACCUACCAGCGCUGGGGCACCUGCCAUCUUGCAGCCCACAGCACCUCCUCAACUUGCCCUCCCGCCCAAGCGACUUACUGCCCCAGGUUCUCCUAACAGACAAAGACUGGAUAGCAGAGGAUAAAUCCUAUGUUCGGAGGGGCCAGACUGCAAGGGAUGUUGUCCCGAAGACUGUGUGCCCGCCCAUGUGCUUUGCUGGGACCUGAGUUAUC